AUGCAACUAAAAUCCAUUUUCGCUUCUGCCGUCAUUUCCAGUGCUCUUGUCGCAGCUGACGAUUCUUCGUCCUCAACCUGGACUACAUUGACGCCAACCGCUACUUACAAUGGCGGUGCUGGUUCCUUCAGCACUUCAUUCGGUAUUGCUGUUCUUCCAAUUGCGUCCGCUUCUGCUACGAGCAGCGCUGCCACCGGUAAAGUUAAGAGAGACGCUGUUUCUCAAAUCGGCGAUGGACAAGUUCAAGCUUCUUCUGUCACAUCGACCUCUGCCGCUUCCAGCACCGAGACUGAAGCUGCAGUUUCUCAAAUAACAGAUGGCCAGCCUCAAGCCACCUCUGCAGCUUCUUCAAGCCCGGUCUUGACGGCCUCUGGAGCUUCACAGGUGUCCGACGGUCAAAUUCAAGCUUCUGCCACAUCUGAAGACAAGACCACUACGACUCUCUCGUCAGGUUCUGCGUCGGCAUCUAGCACUGGCAUCACAAUCAACGCGGUCUCCUGUAGUUCGGACGGAACUUUGGAAAUGAGCCUGGAAAACGGUAUCUUGAAGGACAACAAGGGCAGAAUCGGUUCCAUUGUCGCCAACAGACAAUUCCAAUUCGACGGUCCCCCACCACAAGCCGGUGCAAUCUACGCCGCUGGCUGGUCCAUCACUCCAGACGGAAAUUUGGCUAUCGGUGAUAACGAUGUCUUCUACAAGUGUUUGUCGGGAUCUUUCUACAACUUGUACGAUCAGUCCAUCGGCGGCCAAUGUUCUCCUGUGCAUUUGGAGAUUGUCAAGCUCAUCAGCUGUUAA